CUGAAAAUGAUGGACCGGAAACAUCGGGAACAAAUUAUUUGGAAGGAGAGGGAAUCGGAGAGAGAAGUGGAAAUGUAACUGAUGAUGGAAAUUCUGAAAAAAAUGGAAGAGUACGACGAAAUAGAACAAGUUUCAGCAGUGAACAGCUUGAGAUUCUUGAGGCGGCAUUUAAUACUAAUACUUAUCCUGAUCAGGAUGAACGGGAACGAAUUGCUAUGAAAACAAGCCUUAGUGAGGAAAAGAUUAUGACGUGGUUCAGUAAUCGACGAGCACGUUGUCGAAAAAAUUUUGCCUUUACGGGUAGCAGUUCACUUCUGGUUCAAAACGUUGCGCCAAUGCCUAUUAUACAUCCUCGGCCAUCCAUGCGACAGUCCGAAACUAUACCACUAUUUUCAUCGCAAAUGAAUUUACUUCCAUAUCCUGUCUGCUCAACAUCACCAGUGAAAAUUCAAGAUCCAUCGAGGGCAUCAAUUCUUUUUUAUUCGCAGUAUGCAUCUAUAUGA